AUGGCCUUCAUAGACGAACAACUGCGGAGGUCUUCUUGUCCAACGGUGAGCUACACAGGAAGAACACAACAACCACCGUUCAACACCGCCAAAAUGAGCAACACCGACAAAGAAACGUCCGACAUCCUCCAACAAGUCCUCCAAGAAUACGGCUCCCGAAUCUCAAUCCAAUACAACGCCAACAUCCUCGUCAGCGACCCAAAUGUUGCUCGCACCAUCUACGACCAGACAGCAUCAAUCCGCAACACCUUUGGCCCCAAAAUCGUCAUCGCUUCCCGUGGCGAAGCCGAUCCGGAUGUCUCUGGCCUAGAACACGUCACGGUCAAGUCAUUAGAGAGUCUCGAGAUGGACCAAUACACCCACGCGAUCUUCUGCCUCUCCAACGAAGACCCCAAAGUCGUGCUUAAAGGGCUGCAAUGGAUGAUUCAUGCGCUGCAACCGAAAGGCAUCGCCAUCGUGACGAGUUUGAAGGUUGAGGCUGGAAAAGUGGAGGGUGAGGAGGGUCAGUUUAAUGUCGGCUUGGAGGAGAAGAUGUUGUUUCAGAGUAAGGGGAAGAUUGGGAAGUUGACGGAGGUGCUGGAGUAUGCUGGGUUUGAGAGGGGGAAGAUCCGAAGUCAUGAGAGGAGUACGGAGGCGGGCGGGGGGAAGACGGACGCGGAAGUCGUACUCGCCAUGAAAUGGGACCAACUUACGGGAUGA